AGUAUGGGCCACCCUUGAAUCAUUCACCCUCGCGACUUCAGAGAGGAGUCGCACGUGCAGCGGAGGUUGAAUCCCAUCGUCGCGUUUCACAGCCCCUAAUUAUUUGCUAUUCCUGAGUUUUUACUCGGAUGUGGAGAAGAAUCUUACUUUGUUCUGAUGCGGCUGGUGGCGCCGGCACCCCGCCUUCAUCCCUUUAGCUCAGUUAUGAGGGCUUUCAAUUAGGAUCUGCAAUGUCAGAAGCCCCACUAUCCCUCUUGCGUGUCCUGAGUGCUUUUUGAGCUUUUGGGUUGGAGAAAGCGGCAUGAAGUGGCGAGGACGCUGCUAAAUAGAACGGAGUAGCAGUUGUUGGGGAUUCUUCUAUGUGAGGGCUCUGUUGUGAGCGAUUGUCGAAUUUGUGGGGUUGUUCCUGUUUGGAUGCCCAAUACAUGAGUUGGGUAUCUCUACUGACUUCCUGUUUUGUUUACUCUGCAAGUCGGGACUUGCAACUAAGUAUUACGACAUGAGUAGCGUUUGUGCGUGGAUGUGAGAGAGCUGGCGAGCUUCCUGGAUGAAGCGGCGUUUUGUGAUAGUCGAGCUCAGCGUUGGGAGGUUGGAGUGAAGAGUAAGAGGAGGCAGAGAAGCUGGGGUAGAGGUCGGGCUGUGAAUGUGCAUGUGAAGGGAGUGUUGGUGACAUCAUGCCGCGUUUUCUUCCUGUGCAAUGCCAUAAGUGCUCCGUGCUGCAGAUCAAGCCGGCCCAAAAGUCCGGACUCAAAUGGUGCUGCAGCAUGUGUAGGAAGCCUGAGAUUAAAGUCACCACAGACACCGAAAGCCCUGUGACAGAUGUUAGCCUGUUCGUGGAGGAGCUCAAUCUUCCGCAGUCAGCAGAAGAAAUGGAAUCUGUGUCCAACACAUUUCAUGGCGUGGAGAAUCUAGGUGGGAUUGGUAACUGGGAGGGAUUGUACUUCCAGUCGGCCCACACUCAGUUUCAGCAGAAUAAUUGGAAACGCGUCAACCCCAUAAAGGUAUAUGAGGACGACUUCGUAAAUCAUACACAUGUAGGGGAUAAGCGAGGUGGAUCUCAGCACAGGCAGUUUCUGGGCUACUUGUGGGGACGAUGGCACAACAAAUCUUCGAACAAGGAUGUGGUGGAGCUGAUGGAGUUUGCAGGGGGUGAUGGAAACGAGGACAAUGUUCAAUGCUCCUAGAUUUUUUUGUGUACAUAGCAUGAGUUCGAUCAAUUGUGUAAAUUAUAACUGAGGAUCAUAAAUUAUUUCCAUUGCAAAUUCA